UAUAUAUAUGUAUGUAUAUAAACAACACGCUGCUAAAACGUUAUCUGCAAGACAACAAACCACAGGACCAAUUAUGAAGCUUCUGAUAUUAGUUCUUACUUCGAUCGCUGCCAACUUAAUCAUUCUACACCAAACUAACGCCACCAAUGUUGGCGUUGAUUGUUCCAAAGUGAAAGAUGGUUUCUAUGAGAUAAGCUGCAAGAGUUUUGUUGAAUGUAAGGAGGGAAAGAAGUACCAACAUUACUGUAACGGAACCACUGUCCUCGAUAGAAGAGACAUGAAGUGCAAAGAUCCUGCCAAGGUACCGAAACCGUGUGGAGAAUACAGAGACUGCAGUGAACGUAAGGAUGGUCGUUAUCCAGAUCUUGACAACAAAUGCAAAUCUUACUUUACCUGUGAGAAUCAUCAAUAUAUGGGACACAAUCUGUGCCCGGCAGGUCUCGUCUUCUCCAUGAAAUUACAACUGUGCGACUGGCCUUACAACGUAAAACCGCCGUGUGGAACAAAGAAAUAGCUUUCAUACUUUAUAAAGCCUUAAGUCAUUUGAAACUUUGAUGUAGUUUUGAUUAUGCA